AUGGCAAGACAAUUCAUCAACCGCUUCAUUACUAGCAGCCGAGAGCCAAGAACUCUCAAUUCUCUACGUACAAUGAAGCUAAACAGUGGAGAGAAGGUCUCCGAUUACCUGUCUAGAUAUCUGGAGGUGUGUGCUGAGGUGGAAGGUUGUGAUGAGCCAACGGUUGUCAUGUUCUUCAAGAUUGGGCUGCUGGACAGAUGUAAGCUAAAGGAGUCAUUAACUUUGUAUAAGCCGAACACCAUAGCUACCUUACAAGACAAGGUCCGGAGGUAUGUUAAGGUGGAAGUAACUAGUUGUGAGAGAACGACCUCACCAAGGUAUGAGCACGAAGAGUUCCAAAGCGGUAGGACUAGGCAUGAUGACAAAAAGACCACAAGCCAGGCAAAAAACCAUAGAUCAUGGAGGAGUUCGACCAAUAACGUUGAAUUCAACAUACCAAUCCAUAAGCUUUUCUACGAGAUCAGGGAUGAACCAUAUAUAGUUCGACCAUCUAGAAUGGUUGGAAACCCAGAUACAAGGGACAAGAGAUUAUACUUCUCUUUCCAUAGAGACGUAGGCCACCUAACCAAAGAAUGUGAUGACAUGCGUGAGCAGUUGGAGGAACUGGAAGACGAUGCCUCGAAAGAAGCAAUCAGUGUUAUCACAUUGGAAAGGCGGGGGCACAUGGCAUAUAUGAACAAUAUUGCCGCCCAGGGAAGUUCUGUGAAUAUCAUAUACUACCCGUUGUUUGAGAAGUUAGGACUAACUCAGGCGGAUCUUAUUCCAGAGAUAGGAUGCCUAUUAGGGUUCAAUGAAAGUCAUGUUUAUCCCUUGGGGAGGAUUUGA